AUGGCAGAAGUCCUUGGAGUCGUUGCGGCCGCGGCUCAACUGGCCAGCGCCUGUCUGGGUCUUCUAGAGCUCACGGAAAAGAUAAAAAGCAGCAGUUCUACGCUGUUGAGAUAUCAGAAUCAGUUUCAAGAGCUACACGCACUUUCACUCUCCAUCUCUCAGAAUCCUCUUCUUCAGACAGAGGAAGUCUUUUCACAUACUCAAUCUUUGUUGAUCUUCCUCCAACACAUCCCUCUCGAACCUCUUCUUCAAAAGGGCUUAUUAUCGAGAACGUGGGGCUUCAUCCGGAAAGACCAGUAUCUCUCCGAAACCUCCAACUGCCUUGAACAACGCAAGUCUUCCCUGUCUCUGAUCAUCAGUGACAUACAAGCAAGAGCCAUCUACGACAUUCGUGCCGAUAUUAGAGUCCUAUCGCAUUGCACCACCAGUUUGCCUCUCUACCAAGACCCGUCCGAUACGCCUUCGAUAUCCGACUGUGCCUACAACGACGACACCAAGUCCUUCGCAAGCAUGCCGGGCCGAUUUUGCAACAAGUCUUCCCGCAAGAACAAAUCCCGCUCAUCAACCAUGUCCAGCUCUCAACAGCAAGAACCUGGGCAAGGAUCCCAAGGCUCUCCUUCGGCUCCGACCCUUUCGACAACAGCCUCUCUUGGAGCAACUGCAGCAACUGGGGGCCAGACUCGUGGCAAUAACUUGGGGUCCAUCGAUACCCCCGGCAGUACCGCUCGUUGGACAAUGAUUCUGGAAGAACGAAUGAGGUCUGCAGGCAACUUGAACGCGUAUUCCGGAAACACCGUCACCAACGCCAAUAUGCGGAACGGACAUUGUCGGGACUCCAAGGGCUGGGUACCAGGGGGCAAUAAUGUGUGGUUGAACAACACCGCGAUUAACUGUCGCAAGAUGGUCAACUAUUGCGAUACCCCUAUUCAGGACGUCAAUAGCCCAGAUGGUCACGGCCACGCAGCGGCUGCCGGAAGCAGCCAGGCUGCAACGGGGUACUUCAAUUUGUACGCGAACAACCAUCUUGAAGGCAGGACCGUCAAGGGCGGUGAUGAGGACGCUCCGGACAGUUGGAUGAUGAACGGUUACGUUGAGGACACCCCACCCAAGGAUAGCCACGGUAAGGCCAACCAGAAUGCGACCCAUCCUGAGAAGGAUGAGGACAAGUGA